AUGCCCACCGCGAUGGCGGGCUCCAGCUCGUCCGUCCUCAAGGGUCAAUGGCGUCCAACCAAGAUCAUGAACAUGCGCGACCUUUCUCGCGACGAUGACUUUCUCAGCCACCUCCUCGUCGAGAAGCUCGGCACUGGCGACGUGCCUCUCGUCGUCCACAAGAUGGACCCCUCAAGACGACUCCCAAAGACUGACGCUGAGCAGCUCCUCCAAAUCGUGAGACGCUUGGUUUUUGCCAAGGGCCCCCCUCAAACUGCCAUUCGCCAGGCUGUCGACGAUCUGCUAUCUCUGACGGCCGUGCGGUACUAUAUUCGAUCCUAUACCCAGAAGCAAAUCAACGCCUUCGCCACCCACGCCUCCCGCUACUUCGAGCUUUACCUCCCGUCGGGCUCAAUAGAGAUCGCCCAUACCUCUCGAUACUCGCACCACACCGGGAAGUCUGAGCUAUGCAUUCUCGCCACCCGCCCGCUCGCCCCAGGCACUGUUAUCUCCGAGCUUAAAGGCUCCAUGGCGGACCUAACCGACGAGGAAGACAAGGAACUCAAGGGCACAGAUGUCGGCCAAGCAGACGGAGCAGGAAUCCGCCGCGAUUUCAGCGUCAUCCAUUCCAAGCAACUCAAGAAGAAUCAUCUAUUCUUGGGGCCCGCCCGCUUUGUCAACCACGACUGCGACCACAACGUCGAACUUUUUCGCGAAGGUCGGUACAUCACGUUCCGGGUGAUCAAGCACAUCGGAGUUGGCGAAGAGGUGACGGCGCACUAUGGCGACGGCUACUUCGGCCGCAACAACCGUCAUUGCCUGUGCGAGUCGUGCGAGAAGAAAGGGCGCGGCGGAUAUGCACCGCACAACGACGAUGAAGUAUCGGAUUCCGGCUCAUCCCCUGGUGGCGCUGACUCGGAUGGUGGCGACUCGGACUGGACCACGGACGAAGAUGCGGCACCGCCGGCCGCGGUCAACGUCAACGUCAACGAGCGCCGCACCCGCCGUGGCGUAUAUGCGGUCCUCCCGGAAGAGGAACAGGGAUCUGACGCUGAGCUCGAGGUUGAGCCGGUCCUCGACAUCCCCUCCGACCUCACCGACCUCCCGCUCUCGAGUGCCUCCGGCGCGGCUGGGCCCUCGAAACUCACGGGGCUUCUGACGCCGGACACCGAAACCUUGCCGGCAGAAAGCUGCCCACCCUCGGCAGCGUCUACGCCGCGCACAGCGACGCCUGCUACCUCCUUCGUGAUCUCGACGCGCGCCCAGAAGGCGCGCGCGGCGUCCGAGCUUGAGAGCAUCAGCGCCAGCCUCAGCCUCAAGGGCAAGGGUAAAGCCCCCGCAGCAACUUCGCGCUCCGCGUCGGCGGUUCGGCAGCUUGAAACGCCGCCCCUUACCUCCGACAACGGAUCCGUUGCGGAGGAACAGACCCGGCGUUCGUCCUCGCGUCUGCGCACACGAGGCGAUGUCGCGUCGUCGGCGUCGCGCCUCAGCACACCGAUGGUGGAUGUCAAGGGGAAGGCGUCUGCGCACAGCUCGAUCGUGGACGUGGCGGAACUGAAGGGCAAGGGGCGGGAAGACCCGGAGCUGGAGGGGCGGACGUUGAGGCGGCGGGCCUUUGUGCCUCCUGCUGCUCUCGAGGCUCAAAGCGCGUCCGUGAAGAAGCCAGGAGAUGGUCCGCGUGGGGUCGACGGAAGGCCGCUGCCCACAUGCGUCACUUGCAAGAACGUCCUCCCUGUAAUCUCGGUGGACCACCAAGUUGUAUGGGGUUUGGCGUUGGGACGGACUGGCAAGAGGGGACGGCCGCGGAAGAACGCCAACAUAGACUGCCCCAGGUGUAUGCGCCACUUCGCCAUAUAUGCGGUGAAAUGGCCGUCUCGCCUCCCUACUGAUGGCACUCCUGCCUUCGUCCCCACCCCUCGGGAUAACAGGAGCAUGACCCCUGCUUACGCCUCAACGGCGCGAGUAUCCCAUGCGGCCCUCGCGACGCUCAACCACAAGCUGUCGCACGCCGCUUCAGGCUCCCGCUCCGCCUCUGCCUCCGUCUCGCACAACCCGCACAAACGACAACGCACUGUCGAAGAAGAGCCCGAGGCGCCUCCUUUGAAGCGACAGAAGCUUCAGAGCGUGAAGAAGCAGCGCGGGCGUCCGCCGAAGAACAAGGUCGGCAUGUCGUCGAAGGCGAAGGAGAUGCUCGGCGUAAACGAGCGUCGCAGCGAGCGCACACGGCGACCGAGCGCAAAGCUACGCGAGAGCGAGCCUCCGCCGAAGAUCAAGCCCGACACGCUGUCGUCUUCUUCGAAAGCCCCUGUCUCGUCGACAUCGACGUCUUCUGCGGCUUCUGCGGGGACCGAUUCUUCUUUGCUGUCCACUGGCGCGGCGGCAGAAGGCGCGGGUGCACCGGGAGAGGGGAACUUACCUGCUCCACCGGCUACCCCCGUGGUCGUCAAGAGGGAGGUGGUGAAGCUUCCGACGCCGAAGUCGCUCGCCGUGGCAGCGCAGCCUCGCGAGUCGAAUGGUCGGUUUGGCAAGAAGGAAUCCACCAACGGCCGGUACAUGCGGAAGAACUUCCAGUUCACGCCCGGUGGUCGCCGCCUCGCGCGGGGGAGAAAGCCGAAGCCUGCCUCGAAGCCGUCCACGGGCACCGUGGUGAAGAUCGAGCACGACAGCUCCGCAGUACAGGCCGUCCAGGCGCCUUCGUCCCCUUCACAGAAACGCAUCCACGACAAUGGAGAGGGCGCAGAGGACGAACGGGCGAAGCGGCAGCGGGUUGAGGCGGUGGAAGUGCGAGUGGAGGUGAAGAUCGAGGGGGAGGAGGCCGACCUCUCAGGGGCGUCGCUGGAGGACGAUGCCUCGCAGGACGAGGAAGAACAGUUUUUUCGGAGGCCUCGCAUGACGGUCACUAAAAGUGGCAUGGGUUUCCUCUCCCGCCCCAACCCCCUCAACUUCGCACGCCGUAAGUGGACUUCGGUUCCUCCCGAAGAUCCACCUGAGAUACCGGCGGCGACAAGCUCCUAUGGCCCCCAUUCGUCGACGGACGAUGACGCGGAUCUGCCGGUGACGCCGCAGGAUGAUGUAGAGACCCAGCCCGUCGUCGCUGUGGACGAGGGCGAGCUCUCGGACGAGUACGAUGACUACGACGACUAUGAGGACGAUGACAAGUCGGACGGCACCCCGGAGCGAAACCGGGCGGUUUCGCAGGACCCAUGA